AGUAGUAGAAUAACGUAGGAUAGUCAUGGCGAUUGUCCGAUGAGCCAGUCUCUAUCUCCAUUCAUAUAGCAUUAUUUUUUUGGGCAAGGAUCAAACUGAAUUCAGAACUCUGAACCAUAUGGAUAACGAUAACGAACGUAUCCAGAAUGUGUUAGAAUUUUGGUUCGGUAAAUCUGGAGAUGCUGAUUAUCUUAAAUCACGUUCAUUCUGGUAUGGAUCCAAUAAGACUGAUGAUGAUUGUGUUCGUAAUGGGUUGGGUCGUGAUUAUGAGGAUGCUAAAAAUGGCCGAUUAGAUCACUGGUCAGAAACAUCGGAAGGUGCAUUAGCUUUAAUCCUGUUGCUCGACCAAGUUCCACGUAACAUUCAUCGGGAUACACCGGAGGCCUAUGCUACUGACGAUCAAGCGUUGGUGGUGGCAAAAAAAGUUCUAGAAAAUGGUUGGGAUAGUGGCCAACCAAAUAUCAUCCGUCGAUAUCUAUAUUCACCAUUUAAUCAUUCAGAAACAUUAGCCGAUCAAGAACAAUCCGUUAAAUUGUUCACCGAAAUGGGUGAUAGUGAACAUUUGUAUUGGGCAAAAAAUUUCUACAAUAUUAUCAAAACACAUGGCCGAUUUCCACAUCGUGAUCGUAUUCUCAGGAGAAUGUUAUGAAAAUUCAUUCAUUGAUUUUACUCGAUUAUUAUCAUCAUAUUAUAUAUGGGUACACAUGACCGAUUAUAUUAU